GGCUGUCGCAGGUGUCGGGAGGAGAGCGCUGCUCCUUCUGAAUCAGAACGCACUGAGUUAUCUCCGGGCUCUCUGCAUCAUUCCUCCUCUCCCGUAACCUGUUUUUUCCUGUCCUUUUAACUCACUGAUGCUGUCGUCCGUCAGAAUUGAAGCUGUUACGCCAUCGGGAACAUGAGACGGGUGACAUGAGUGAGUGAAUCAGCCCGGAGGAGGCUGGGGAAGGAAGCUCGCAGCUCCAGCUCAGCCAUCAGCAGAAAUGGGACGGGACGUGCCGAGCUCGGCGCUGACCCGGCUCAGGGAAGGGGCCGGGGCGACGCUUUGCAUCGUUCCUCAGGAAUGCCUUGGCCCGUGGAUACUGUGACUUCAAAACCGGUAAUCCAGUUUCAAGGAAGCCAAGGGCACAUUGCGAUUCCCAGGCCGGACCGCCCGGCCGAAGUGCGGACCUUCACGUUCUAUCUUUCCAACAUUGGCAAGGACAGCCCCCAGGGCAGCUUUGACUGUAUCCAGCAGUACGUAUCCAGCAAUGGCAACAUCCAGCUGGACUGCCUGGGGAGCAUACAGGAUAAGAUCACGGUGUGCGCCACGGACGACUCGUACCAGAAGGCGAGGCAGAGCAUGGCGCAGGCGGAGGAGGAGACGCGCAGCCGGAGCGCCAUUGUCAUUAAGCCUGGGGGCAGAUACGUAGGCAAGAAGGUGCAGGUGCGUAAACCUGCUCCAGGAGCUUCCGAUGCUGUUCCCUCCAGGAAGCGCCCAACGCCGGUCAACCUUGCCAGUGCAAUAAAGAGAGGCAACAGCGCGAUUUCCCAGAGACCCUUCAAAGACAGGGUUGUGCACUUACUGGCACUGAAGCCUUAUAAGAAACCGGAGCUUAUUCUCAGAUUGCAGAAGGAUGGACUCUCUCAGCAGGACAAGGAUUUGCUGGACAACCUUCUGCAGCAGGUGGCAAAUCUGAGUGCCAAGGACAGCACUUUCACACUGAAGGACUCUGUCUACAAAGAGGUGCAGAAGGACUGGCCUGGAUACUCCGAGGGAGACCAGCAGCUGCUGAAGAGGAUUCUUGUCCGGAAACUCUGCCAGCCCCAGAACAGCAGCGGGUUUCAAGGAGAAGCUCCCUCCCUGAGUCCACCGAAGGACACCGCCAACUCCAGCUCUCCUCCGCAGAAACGCUCCCAGCCGCUGGAGUUCAUCGAUCCCCUGGCCAACAAGAAGCCCCGGAUCUCGCAUCUGGCUCACCGAGCUCAGCCCACCUUCAACGGGAAGCUGAACGCCAACGGGAAGGACGUCCCCGUCCCCGUCCCUGCCCCCGUCCCCGUCCCCGCUGCUGCGCUGCCGCCGGCGCUGCCGGAGUCGGUGAGCUCCAGCUCCAGCUCCAGCCUCCCGGAGCUGCCCCGGCCCCACGACCCGCUGGCCGACGUCAGCAACGACCUGAGCCACAACGGCAGAGACUGCGAGGGCACGGAGCCGGCCGACAGGCUGAGCCUCCCCGCGCCCACAGACUGUCCGCAGACGAGCAAGCACAAUUGCGGCUCGUACGUAAAAAGCAAGAAAAAAUCCAAAAAGCACAAAGACAAGGAGAAAGAGAGGAAGGAGAAGAAAAGCGAAGAGAGAUGCAAAGAGGAGAAGCAGGACUGUGAAGUAAUAAAAAAUGCUGACUUAGGUAGCGUGCCGCAGGACGUGCCAGGUUUGAAUGGGACAUGCAAUAACUCUAGCGUACCUACGUCAACUUCGGACAUGCCGGAUUAUUUAUUAAAAUACGCGGCCAUUUCCUCUUCGGAGCAGCGUCAGAGUUACAAAAACGACUUCAACGCGGAGUACAACGAGUACAGGGACUUGCACGCCCGGAUAGAGAGGAUAACGCGGCGAUUCACGCAGUUAGACUCCAAGCUGAAGCAGCUCUUGCAGGGCUCUGAAGAAUACAAGACCAUCCACGAUCAAAUCUUACAGGAAUAUCGGAAAAUUAAAAAGACCAACCCCAACUACAGCCAAGAGAAGAACCGCUGCGAAUACCUCCACAACAAACUGGCCCACAUCAAAAAACUGAUCGCAGAGUACGACCAGCAGCAGUUCUAGCCGGCGGGACGGGGGCUGGGGGGGCAGAGCCGCCCGGACGCUGUGUUCCCUUCGUACGACUCGGUCCCGUUCGGAGACGAGCAUUCAUUCAUUCUUCGUGGCUGAAGAACUUGGGGAUUCCUGGCGGGGGGGGGGGCACGGCCCGCUCCGGUUUUGGCCUCUCUGAACGCCGGCAUGCAACCAACGAAACCUGCUUCUAUCGAGACACUUAAGGGGAAAAAAAAAAGAAAAAAUUGCCUAAAGUGACCGAAGCUCCCAAAGGCUGAGAAUCAGUUCUCAUGGAUUAAAGUUUGGCAUGAAGUGUAA